CAAGAUUAUGUUUUGAAUAAAAAAGUAGUACCCAUUUACAUCUUUCUUUUUUUUAAUUCAUUUUAAAUGUAUGAUUAAACCUGAUGUUGAAUUGUAUUUGCACAUAUAGAUUGGAUGAUUUGGACUCUAAAUUGUCAUUGAAUACUAACACUGCUGGAAAACGUGGGAUGAAGAAAUUCCGGUUCAGUUUAGAAGGAUUCUCUCUUAGUGGACGUGGAAAGAAGGAUCCAUCACAAUCUUUCAGGUUUGGGAUGAAAAAGGGAUCAGAAGGACUGAUAACAAUUGGUCGAUCAAUAACAACUGGAGUCUCUCGUGCAGUAUUUCCGGAGGAUCUUAAAGUGUCUGAGAAAAAGAUAUUUGAUCCUCAAGACAAAUCUCUCCUGCUAUGGAAUAGGCUUUUUGUCAUAGCCUGCAUUCUUGCAGUGUCUGUUGAUCCUUUGUUCUUUUAUCUGCCAGUCUUUAACUAUAAAAUGGUAUGCCUAGGCAUGGAUACAAAUCUAGCGGCUACAAUUACAGCUGUGCGGACAAUGCUUGAUGCUUUCCAUCUGCUUCGGAUGGCUCUUCAGUUCCGCACAGCUUUUGUUGCACCAUCAUCAAGGGUCUUUGGACGAGGUGAACUUGUCAUAGAUCCUGCACAGAUAGCUGCCCGUUAUUUAAGUCGUUAUUUCAUAGUUGAUUUCCUUUCUGUGCUACCCUUACCACAGGUGGCGGUAUGGAAAUAUCUUAAUAAUAAAAGAAAAGGUUCCGAGGUAUUGGCUACUAAACAAGCGUUGUUAAUUCUCGUCUUUCUUCAAUACAUCCCAAGAUUUCUCCGCUUUGUUCCUUUAACUUCAGACCUCAAAAAGACUACUGGUGCCUUUGCUGAUAGUGCUUGGCUUGGUGCUGCAUACUAUCUGCUUUGGUACAUGCUUGCCAGUCAUAUAGCUGGGGCGUUCUGGUACUUACUAGCUGUUGAACGCAAGGACACAUGCUGGCAGAAAGCUUGCAUUGAAAGUGCGAAAUGCGACAUAGGUUUCUUGUACUGUGGCAACAAGGUAUUGCCAGGUUUCCAUGAGUGGAGAAGGGUCAGCGAUGAUGUUCUUGCAAGCAACUGUAAUGUAGAUGAUAGCAAUUCACCAUUUAAUUACGGAAUCUAUACACAGGCCAUGUCAUCAGACAUUGUAGCAUCAAGGGUAUUCCGCUCUAAAUUAUUUUACUGUUUAUGGUGGGGCUUGCAAAACUUGAGUACACUUGGUCAGGGACUUGCAACCAGCACCUAUCCUUUGGAGGUUCUAUUUUCCAUUGCAAUAGCAAUUUCUGGGCUUGUCCUCUUUGCGCUUCUGAUUGGAAACAUGCAGACCUACCUUUCGUCUAUUACUGUUCGUCUGGAGGAGAUGAGGAUCAAAAGGCGUGAUUCGGAGCAGUGGAUGCAUCAUCGCUUGCUUCCACAGGAUCUUAGGGAGCGAGUCAGGCGGUAUGAUCAAUACAAAUGGUUGGAAACUCGGGGAGUGGAUGAAGAAAGUCUGGUCCAGAAUCUACCAAAAGAUCUCAGAAGGGAUAUCAAGAGACAUCUUUGUUUAAAUUUAGUCAGAAGGGUUCCUCUGUUUGCCAAUAUGGAUGAAAGGUUGCUAGAUGCUAUUUGUGAACGACUGAAGCCAAGUCUAUACACAGACGAAACUCACAUAGUCCGUGAAGGGGACCCUGUCGAUGAAAUGCUAUUCAUCAUUCGUGGCCGCCUAGAGAGUGUGACUACUGAUGGUGGAAGGAGUGGAUUUUUCAACAGAGGAUUCUUGAAAGAAGGGGAUUUUUGUGGAGAAGAGCUUCUAACUUGGGCACUGGACCCUAAAGCUGGUAAUAGCUUACCCUCAUCUACUAGGACUGUAAUGGCCUUAACUGAGGUAGAGGCUUUUGCCUUGGAAGCUGAAGAGCUGAAGUUCGUUGCAAGUCAGUUUAGGCGUCUUCAUAGCAGGCAGGUGCAGCACACUUUCCGUUUCUACUCGCAGCAAUGGAGGACUUGGGCCGCCAUGUUAAUCCAAGCUUCUUGGCGUAAGUAUGCCAGGAGGAAAGCAGCAGAACUUCGUAUCCAGGAAGAAGCAGCUGAGCAUGAUCAGGAAGAUGAUGGAAGGGCAUUACUGUCACAAAGUAGUUCGUCCAGAUUUGGUGCAACACUCCUUGCGUCUCGCUUUGCAGCCAAUGCUCUUCGUGGGCACAGGCUUCGCAGCACUAGCGGUACAAACUUGCUGAAACCGCAGAGGCCACCAGAACCUGACUUUAGCGCAGAAGAGUGAAAUGCAAAUAAGAUGAUUUCGCUUGUAUGCUAAAGCUUUAUGCACCAUAUAUAGUCAUAAAAAGUAAGAUUCUGCUCUCAGUUUCUUUUUAUAACCCACUAGGAUACAAAAGGAUGCCACAGAG